AUGUCUGGAUUGGUUGAGAACGCCCGGAAGGAGUUUAGCCGCAUUUCGCUGGACGGCACUGCGGACAAAGAACACAAUUAUGGCUACAUCUAUUCGGUGUCCGGCCCAGUCGUUGUUGCUGAGAAUAUGCUUGGCGCAGCAAUGUACGAAUUAGUCAAAGUUGGCCACGGUAACCUUGUGGGUGAAGUCAUUCGAAUUCAGAGCGAUAAGGCAACAAUUCAGGUUUACGAGGAGACAAGCGGUCUGAUUGUCGGUGACCCCGUUCUGCGCACUGGCAAGCCCCUCAGUGUCGAGCUUGGGCCUGGCCUAAUGGAGAACAUCUACGAUGGUAUCCAGCGUCCUCUCGAAAGUAUCAAGAACUUGUCCCAGUCUAUCUACAUUCCCCGUGGAAUUGAGGCUCCUGGACUCAAUCGCGACCGCAAGUACGAUUACACCCCCAGUAAGGACGUCAAAGUGGGCGAUCACCUUUCUGGCGGUGACGUGUUUGGUUCGGUCGUCGAAAACUCCCUCAUGUCCGACCACAAGAUUCUUCUGCCGCCUCGUGCUCGUGGUACUGUCACUUAUAUUGCUCCGGCGGGUCAGUACACCAUUGAGGAGAAGAUUUUGGAGGUCGAGUUCGACGGAAAGAAGUUCGAGUAUUGCAUGUUCCACACUUGGCCGGUCCGUGUGCCUCGGCCGGUUGCCGAAAAGGUCACCGCGAAUUACCCAUUGCUCACCGGCCAGCGUGUGCUCGACUCGCUGUUCCCCAUGGUGCAAGGUGGUACCACUUGCAUUCCCGGUGCGUUUGGCUGUGGCAAAACAGUCAUUUCUCAGUCGCUGUCAAAGUUUUCAAAUUCGGACGUUAUUAUCUAUGUUGGAUGUGGUGAGCGUGGUAACGAGAUGGCUGAGGUUCUUAAAGAGUUCCCCGAGCUGUAUACGGAGAUCAAUGGCCACCGGGAGCCUAUCAUGAAGCGUACUACUUUGGUGGCUAAUACGUCUAACAUGCCCGUGGCUGCUCGUGAGGCGUCUAUUUACACUGGUAUCACACUUGCCGAGUACUUCCGUGACCAAGGUAAAAAUGUUUCUAUGAUUGCCGAUUCGUCUUCUCGUUGGGCCGAGGCUCUGCGUGAAUUGUCCGGUCGCUUGGGUGAAAUGCCUGCUGAUCAAGGUUACCCUGCUUAUUUAGGUACCCGUUUGGCCUCGUUCUACGAGCGGGCUGGUCGUGCUGUCGCCCUCGGCUCCCCUGAGCGCCAGGGCUCCGUCUCAAUUGUUGCUGCUGUCUCUCCCCAGGGUGGUGACUACUCUGAACCCGUCACGGUUGCUACGUUGGGUAUCACCCAGGUAUUCUGGGGCCUUGACAAAAAACUUGCCCAGCGUAAGCAUUUCCCGUCUAUCAACACCUCUGUUUCAUACUCCAAAUACACCGACGUUCUCAACGGCUACUAUAGCCGGGAGUACAAGGACUUCCCUCAACUGCGGACCUCAAUUCGUGAGAUUCUGUCCAAGGCCGAAGAUCUUGAGCAAGUUGUGCAGCUCGUUGGUAAGUCGGCUCUUUCCGAUAGCGACAAAAUCACCUUGGAUGUUGCCGCUUUGAUCAAGGACGACUUUUUGCAACAGAACGGUUACUCCGAAUACGAUGCCUUCUGCCCUAUCUGGAAGACCCACCACAUGAUGCAGUCGUUUGUCACAUACUACGAUGAGGCCCAGAAAGCGGUUGCUGCCGGAGCCCUGUGGUCCAAGCUUUCAGAAAAGACCAGCGAAAUUAAGUAUAAGGUUUCUUCUUCCAAGUUCUUUAUGCCGACUGAUGGUGAGGAAGCGUGUGACAAAAAGUUCAAAGAGCUCAACAACGAGAUUAUUGAGGCAUUCAGCGAGUCGUACGAGUAG